GAACUAUUAUAAAUAAUUGAGAAUGAGGAGCGCGCUCCUUAUGGAAAUCAAUUAUUGUAAAUGGUUAGGACUUUGGAUAUGAUGUUAGCGUCACAACAUACGAAAAAGAUGAAUAGGAAGAAGCAGCUGAUCAGAUCAGUCGCAUUGAUUUUCAGGCACGCCGAUGGUGUCGACAAAGCUUUGAUGAUCGUCGGGUUCUUGGGAGCUGUUUGUGACGGUCUGGGAUUGCCGGCGGUGUUCUUUGUCACCGGAAGUAUAGUCAACGUUCUCGGCAAUGCGGAUUCCUUACCAACUCAAGAAUUCAGGGAUAGUAUAAACAAGAAUGCGCUGGUUCUCUGCUACGUAGCAUGCGGGCAGUGGAUUGCUUGCUUUCUUGAGGGUUAUUGCUGGGCGAGAACAUCAGAGAGGCAAGCGUCAAGUAUGAGAGCUGCAUAUUUGAAGGCAGUGCUUAGACAAGAAGUGUCUUACUUCGAUUUGCACGUUACAAACACAGCCGACGUCGUCGAGAGCGUGUCAAAUGAUUGUCUUCUGAUUCAGGAUUUCAUAAGUGAAAAGGUUGCUUAGUGUUGUUUUCUUCCCUUUUAGGCUUUACUAAAUCAUCGAUAUUGAUUUUGAGUGUGUAUGAACCAAAAAAAACAGGUAACCGUGUUUUUGAUGAACCUGUCGACUUUUGUUGGCGCUUAUGUUGCAUCAUUCUUGAUACUCUGGAGACUAGCGCUAGUUGGAACUCCAUUUGUAUUACUUCUGGUUAUACCGGGUUUGGUGUACGGCAGAAUUCUGAUGGGCAUUUCUAGGAAGAUCAGGGGAGAAUAUAGUAAGGCCGGUACAAUCGUAGAGCAAGCGAUUUCUUCCAUCCGAAUUGUUUACUCCUUUGUUGGAGAGGCUAAAACUAUAGCGGAGUAUCUCAGUGCUCUUAAGGUUACACUUCAAUUAGUCCGACGACAAGGUUUUGGAGAAGGACUAGCUGUUGGUAGUAAUGGCAUCAUCUUUGCGGUCUGGUCUUUCUUGUCUUAUUAUGGUAGUCGAUUGGUUAUGUACCAUGGUGCUGCUGGAGGAACAGUUUAUGCGGCUAUGGUUUCUCUUGUAUAUGGAGGAUUACCGCUAGGUACUUGUUUAUCUGACUUGGAAUACUUGUCGGAAGCCGGUGCAGCAGCUGAACGCAUCAUGGAAAUCAUAGAAAGAGUGCCCGCGAUUGAUUCAGACAACAUGGAAGGGGAAAUCCUAAACACAGUCAGGGGAGAAGUUGAGUUCAAGCAUGUUAAAUUCGCGUACCCAUCACGAGCUGAGAACUUGGUUUUGAAGGAUUUUAGCCUUCGAUUCCCUGCCGAAAGGACAACUGCGCUGGUUGGAGGGAGUGGUUGUGGAAAAUCGACAGCUAUUGCUUUGCUCCAAAGGUUUUAUGACCCGAUUGGCGGCGAAAUCUUACUUGAUGGAGUACCUAUUCACAGGUUACAACUCAAGUGGUUAAGGUCACAGAUAGGGGUAGUGAGUCAAGAGCCGACCCUUUUCGCAACAACAAUACGAGACAACAUACUGUUUGGCAAGGAGAAUGCAUCUCUUGAGGAGGUUAUUGAGGCUGCAAAAGCUUCCAAUGCUCACGAUUUCAUUUCUCAAUUGCCUCGCGGUUAUGAUACUCAGGUGGGUGAGAGAGGGGUUCAGAUGUCAGGAGGGCAAAAACAGAGAAUAGCCAUCGCGAGAGCCAUUAUUAGAUCUCCCAAAAUCCUCCUACUUGAUGAGGCCACAAGUGCACUUGAUUCCGAAUCAGAGAGUGUUGUUCAAGAAGCUGUACAUAAGGUGGCUGAGUGUCGCACUACCAUCAGCAUAGCUCACCGGCUUUCCACCAUCCGAAAGGCUGACUUCAUCGCUGUUGUCCAAAAUGGCCAACUGAUGGAGGCCGGUUCACAUGACGAGCUCAUUGAAGAUACAAAUGGUAUAUACACAUCCCUUGUUCACCUCCAAAAUACCAAAACAUGCAACCAAUUUCCUAACAAAAACAAAAACGAAAUCAAUACUCGUGUUGCAUUGGCUUCAAAAAUAAGUUAUAACAGAUCUAGUUCAGAUAGCUCUGUAGCUACAACCCAUCAGGCAGAGUAUGUUACAAUUUCCGGGGAUGAGGUGUCCCCGUCCCCCUCAAUUCGAAGAUUAUUAACCAUGAGCUUGCCUGAAUGGAGACAGGCAUUGGCAGGUUGUAUAAGUGCUAUAUUUGUUGGUGCUAUCCAACCACUUUUUGCAUAUUCCAGGGGAGGAAUGACAAUGGUGUACUUUCUGAAAGAUCAUGGAGAGAUCAAGAAACAGACUGAAAGAUAUGCCUUUGGUUUUGCGGGGUUGACAGUGUUCUCAAUCCUGGUCAACACAUGCCAGCAUUACAGCUUUGCAGCUAUGGGGGGAAACUUGACAAAUAGGAUUAGGGAAAGGAUGCUUUCAAAGAUCCUCACUUUUGAAAUUGGAUGGUUCGAUCAAGAUAAAAAUUCAACCGGUGCUAUUAGCUCUAGACUCGCGAAAGAUGCCAACGUGGUGAGAUCAUUAGUGAUAGAUCGAAUGGCGCUGCUCGUCCAAACGAUUUCGACAGUGACCGUUGCCGGUGUCAUGGGGUUGAUUAUUUCAUGGAGGGUAGCAUUAGGCAUCGGAGCUGUUCAACCCGUCGUUAUCAUUUGCUACUACUUGAGGAAUGUGCUACUCAAAACCAUGACGAAAAAGGUCAUCAAAUCCCAAGAAGAAAUUACUAAGAUUUCAGCCGAAGCAGUCACAAAUUUUCGAACUGUCACCUCAUUCAAUGCUCAAUCGUUAAUUCUUCAAAUCUUGGAGAAAGCCCAAGUAGAACCCCGACAAGAAAGUAUUCGGCAAGCAUGGUUUGCUGGUGUUGGCCUCGCCACGUCCUCCGGGCUAUUGAAAUUAUGUUGGGCUCUCUAUUUCUGGUACGGGGGUAAGCUCAUGGCAGCAAGUUCUCUCGGAGCAAAAGCUUUUUUCCAAUGCUUCAUGAUUUUGGUGGACACUGGUCGUGUCAUUGCUAUUGCCGGAACAAUGACAAAAGAUCUGUCCAAAGGAUCCGAUACCAUGGAUUCGGUAUUUGCUAUCCUAGAUCGCAAUUCCUCAAUUGAACCCGAAGAUUCGACAAAAUAUAAACCCGAAAAGAUCAAGGGCCAUAUUGAGUUAAUGUGUGUCCAUUUCGCAUACCCCUCCAGGCCUAAUGUCCUGAUCUUUAACAAUCUUUCACUCAAAUUUGAGCCAGGAAAAUCAACAGCACUGGUAGGAAAAAGCGGGUCAGGCAAAUCAACCGUGAUCUCCUUAGUUGAGAGAUUUUACGAUCCACUGGAAGGAGUUGUGAUGAUUGACAAGAGAGAUGUGAAAUGUUAUCAUUUGAGAGCAUUAAGAAAACACAUUGCACUUGUGAGUCAAGAACCAGCUUUGUUCUUAGGUAGCAUACGUGAAAACAUUAUAUAUGGCACAUCAGGGGAUAUUGAUGAGUCAGAGAUUAUUGAGGCUGCCAUAGCAGCCAAUGCUCAUGACUUUAUCACUGGGCUGAAAGAUGGAUACGAUACAUUGUGCGGGGAUAAGGGCUCGCAGCUAUCUGGUGGCCAGAAACGACGCAUUGCUUUAGCUCGUGCCGUGUUGAAAAACCCGACAAUACUGAUGUUAGAUGAAGCAACGAGUGCGCUAGAUAGUCACUCAGAGAAGGUUGUAUUGGAUGCACUUGAAAGAGCGAUGGUUGGAAGGACAAGUUUGGUUGUGGCACAUCGGCUAAGUACGAUUCAGAAUUGUGACACAAUUGUUGUUUUGGACAAAGGUGAAGUAGUGGAGAAUGGCACUCAUUCUUCUUUGAUGGCUAAAGGUCCGAAAGGACCCUACUUUUCUCUUGUUAGCCUCCAAACAACUAUUUCCUAGUAGGUUAUAAUAAUACUAUAAAUUUUUCUAGGUACUAGGUAAUAAUAAAUUUUCAAGUGUAUUGACCGCUUUGAAUAUGGAGGUUUUUCCUACAUAUUUCCCUCUCAUACAACUCAUUCCAUCAGUC